UUAGCUAGGCUAUUUGAUGUGAGCCACUAGUCUAUGACAAACAAUAGGCUACUCCAUGUACUGAUAAUUCAUGUUCUGCAAUCAAUGCGCCUUUGCAAGUGGCAUAUUUGCCUUCAAUAUAGACCUCAAUACAUAGCUAGUUAGCUAGAUGAUUUGGCUACUUGGUGGUACUCACAAUUCGCAUAUGUUAUGUGCCAAGUCUCAUUGGAUCUAACGUUACUGCAGUGAGACGCAAGUUAGGCUUGUCAGUUAGCCUGAGGCUAGUUUGAUAAGCUGUGUGGGGGUAAUUCAGGACACAAAGCACCCAUUAGGUGUUGUGGUGUAAUAAACAGUAAUUUUUACAGGCAGACAGAGAAGUAGAGUGGGUGGACUCCCUUGGUCAGUUGUUGUAGGCCUAACGUUACACUUGGAAUCAUCUGUAGUUACACCACUGUAUCUAAUAUUACAGAACCUAUUUCCUCAGACUCUCACCAUUUUCACUGUUAUAAAAAGGACUUUAUAAAAUCAAUUGGAUUGAUAUGCUUAAGGAGAUGGUCAGGCCUGGUCAGCUACUUGGAAAUGACUAGGUCUAGCCUAACUUAAUUUAAAUUGUCCCCGGGUGUCACCCAGAUAACUAGUUUAGUUGGUGUGAGAUGGAUGUAGAUAUAAAGCCAGAGGAGGAUGAGGUGGAGAUAUCCCCAGCUGUCAUUUUGUCUGACUCUUUUGAUGCAAGUUAUUCAUAUGCCGAAAAUUGGUAUGACACAACAACACAAAGCCGUAUUUGUGCUCUGUUAGAAGAUACAAAAUCAAGUGAUAGGGAGAUUAAAAUUAAUUCAACAACAGUUGGUGCUCCAGCUGUAAAUGUGGGUGGUCAAGGUGUUCUCCAUGUUCACACAGAACAGGAUAAGCCAAGCACCCCUGUAGGGAAUUUAAUCAAAGAUAAGCCAUGUUUUUACAUAUCUCCCAAUGAUAUUCAGAUUGGAAAAGUAUGUACCUUUUCUCAGUCGCAACAUCUAGUUGCAGAAAGUGUUUCUUUGGGAGGACAAAUCAACCCAACUGCACAGAUAUUUAGCAGCUUUCAAAUACAGCCCCUAAACAAUGAUCAAGUGCUGACUGAUUAUGUUAAUCCCCCAAGUCAAAGUAUUGCCAAACCGUUUCUUAUAAUUUCACCUGCAAUAGCAAGUGACAGUAAUUUAACUCCAGUGCUGCAACCAUGUCAUAUGAGGACUCACAGGCCUAUUCUUCCAGCCUAUUGUAAACCACUUACUUUUACCUCUGUUCAAGAGGAAGACUAUGACGUUAAAAUAAAAAAAAGAGGGAAGAAAAUGGUCAAGGCACAAAAAGGGAGAAAAGAUGGAGAUAUGUGGCGACAUCGUGUUAAUUACUCCAAGCAUAUUUCGCAAAGGUCGUCAGCUGGAAAAAAGUUGAAGGAUCCAUACUCCAACUGCAAGAAAAUUGGCUUGGAUUUCAAUGUUGGGUCUGGAUCCAAUCAGAAACUAGAUUUGCAGUUGCUGACUAAAGGUGUGAUGGUUGAGGUUUCUGAUUUUGCUAAAGAAGUUAAUCGAGCUCAGCAGCAUGUUGUCUGUGACAUUCUAGAGUACAACUUUGAUCUUGGUUUGCAAAAGCAUCUAAGGUAUGAUUUUGCGACACGUACUAUGCACAAAUUAAGAGAAUUGAUGAGAAAAGGAAAAACUGUUCUAGGAAAACCUGAAUUGGUAAUGGAGGUGUUUACCCUUCCUGAUCCCAACACGAUAAAAGGGUCGAAAUAUGCCCUUUCAGCUGCAAAGAAUUAUGACCGUGUGUCAGAAAAUCUUGAACCUGCGGACACGCUUUUAAUGGACAAAUCUCAUCUGGACAUCGUAUCCAGACUUACUCAGCAUGUUAAGACAGACAACCUGUUAACUGAGAAAGAUGUAACGCAGUGUGCUGGUGGAACGGCGUACAGCCUUGCAAGGGACCAACACGGAGAUCUAAUGGCCUCUACAACAUCAAAAACAAUGAAGGACCAUUAUCCCCUCUGUAAGAAAAUAGGAUUAGAACUUGAUGUGAAAUCCAAUUUUGGGGCAAAAGAGAAACUUAAUUUGGAUUUAUUGACCAAAGGUGUAAUGAUUGAACUUGGUAAUUUUGCCAAAGAUGUUUGUGGAACUUACAAGCAAAUUGUCAUCGAUGUCCUAGAGCACAAUUUUGAUCUUGAUUUGCCUAUUGAGAAAACCAAGCUGUCUACCUAUAUUAUUACAAAGUUGAGACGAGUUGUUAAGAAAAUGACAUGCAUGGCACAUAGAAGGAAACCUCCAUAUUUAAAGGAAACAUUCUCACUGAGGGUUGGCACAAGAAAGAAACCUGCAGUGAUUUCCAGUAAAAUGCAGGACAUUAACUCAAUUGACUCAAUUGUGUGGAAAUAUCAAGGACUGAAAAAAGUAACAGAAAGAAGACGAUUAGAUUUGAGAAGGAAAAAGGAAGAAAGAGCCACUUGCAAAGUAAGAGAAAUGAAGGCAGAGAAAUUUCAUAGAGGUAGACAAGUAGGCCUAGUUCCUCAGUCUGUGAAGAAACAGACCAUCUCCAAUGAGACUGAACACACAUUGUCAGCCGGAAAAACAAAGGUCCCGGUCAGCAAAAUUAAAAAGGCAAAUGUGAUGCCCUUUGCAAAGAAAGUGGUGAAAAACUGCUACCCCUUGUGCAAAGAAGUAGGUGUGGAACUUGAUGUGAAAUCCAAACCACCAUCCAAAACAAAACUUGACUCACAGUUACUGACAAAUGGCAUAAUGUAUGAGGUUCAUAAGUUUGCAAAAAAUACAAAAAAGGCUUAUAUGUAUACUGUCUAUGAUAUACUGGAAUAUAAUUUUGAUCUAGAUUUGCAAAAUCAUAAACGCUGUCAAUUUGCAAUACAUAUUUCAUCUAAACUGAAACGAAUGGCUAAACGGAAACAUGUCACAAAUGAAGACUUUUCAAAAGAAGUGUUUAUAAUACCGCUUGUGACUAGACAAUACAAGAAAAAAGAAGCUACUCCACCUGCAAGAUUGUCAAAAAGACAAUUGGAUUUGAAAGGGAUACAAGAGGCAGAUGAUACAGAGGAGAAGAUGAACUAUCAGAAGAUGGUUAACAAGACCGGUUUGAAAUAUCUGGUUGCUGAUGCAGGGACUGUAUGGUCUCUGCAUGCUGAAGAGAUCAUCUCUAUCGAAACAGAUGAAACUGUCAAGCUUGGCCAAGAUAAUGGACCCACUGACUUCUGCUUAAAGGAGUCUGACGUUCACUCUGGGGUCACAGAGCAAACCCCAUGCCCAGAGAACCACCAAGUUGACAUUUGCAGGAAAAUGAUCAAUGAAAUUGUUACGAGUGGUGAAAUGCAACAGAUGAGAUGGGUUUUUGUAACCUUUUCAAAGUGUUUUGGUGUUGGGACUGGUUCCGAAAAGAAAUUUGAACAAAUCCUCGCUGAAUACAGAUCAGACAUCCUACCACUGAUAGUUGAGAAACAUUGUGGCUUUAGUUCCUCUGAAAAGACAAUGAUGUGCCUUGUAAGUCAGCUCUUCUGUGGCUUACAUUUGAUUGAUGGCUUAGCUCACCAGGCAAAAACAACUCUUCUACUUUGGGAAAAUAUGAUUUUAGGAGAUAAAGAAGUAGGAGUCCAUAGCUCCCCUAACAUUGGGACAACAGAGUUGGAGUCUGGAACAGUGCGUUUGGUGAGUUCUGUGAGUGAUGCCGUGCAAGAGCUUGGAUGGGCAGAGGAUGGUCAGCUUGUUCUGUUCGAAACCUUUUUGACCAGCAAAAAAGAAUUUGAUGAAGUUCCUUUGUCUCUAUCCUUUGGACACACAAUUGAUGGCCUGUUUCAUAAUUCUGCUGGGGUGUAUAGCAUCCAUGAUGAUUUGGUUGAGUUUACCAGUACGUACGGAGCUGAGAGUAGUUUGCUUGCCACAGUUGUUGCUGAUUUGGAGGUUCAACAGUUCAAGGCCGGAUGCAGAGCUCUGGGUCUGGUUUCCAAGCUUAUCAUUGAUCCUCUCUGGAAAGCCUUAACUUUGAAGGGAAACGUGUUGGAGAUGGAAGAAAGAUACCAAACCCUUGUUACCAAACUCAAGGAAUGGCAGGAAGAUGGGAGAGACCUUGUUGAAGGAAAUGCAUGCUUGUUUGAUGACAUUGAGGUACCCAAGAACCUUGUGUUUGACAGGCUUACCAGGUGGACCGACACAGACUUUUUUGAGUUGACUGUUCAGAUUGUUGAGUUGAUCCUAGCCAGUUUUCUGAAGGUUUGUUCUAUGAUGCUUCCAGUCGACCCAGAGCUCCUGUCAAAGAAAAAUGAUAGAUUCAGGAAGGAUUUGGCAAUAUUAGAUCAAUUGCAAAAAGCGAAGUCAAAUGCAGUCAGUAUUGCCAUCGAAGGCAUGGACAUGUGCAAGAAGAAUCACACUUGGGAAUGGCUGUCCUUUUUGGAUGAACCAAAAAUAGUGUCAAUGAUGAAAACAUUCCAGACAGUGUAGGCAAAGGAAGAAGAAAAGCUCUCUGCCACACCUGCAGAAGAAUGGAAAUUGUAAAGGAAUAGACAUGACAGACAGAGUGAAUGAGUCUUUUAUUUGUUUAUUUAUUUACUAAUGAACCACAGUAGGACUAUACAGGACAUAACCUUUUUAUAACAGGUUUAACUUUGCCCCUGUAACCUGGUGAUGACAUUGCCUAUACAGCUCUUUCAAAAAACUUGCAUGAACGUGAUUUUCUUUCUAGCACCUUAGCUUUUGUGUUCAGACUGGUGAAAGAUGAACAGCAAUGCAACCUCAGACAAUAAGUAGAUGCAAGUAUAAUAUAGUUACACUAUAUACCUAUUUUGUUAUAUAUUGUAUAGCCUAAUGAUAUUCAAACGCGGUGUCGGUAAAUGUUGAACGUCAAAUAACGCUUAUCCAUUAUCCAUGCUUAGUCUCAAUAGUUGAAUUUGCAUAUUUCCUUGGCCUUCUUUUGAUGCCUGGUCUUGUUUUUGAAAAGACUAAUUGAAUGAAAAAAAUUAUAAUUUUGAAAGGAGACCAGUCAUUAUUUUUGUGUUAUUAGCUUAUUUCUGGACCAUUUUUUCCCCCUCACUUUUUUGUAUGACCAUUGAAUUGCCUACUUGAAUGGUCAACUUAAAUAGAAACAAGAUGGAGAGCAAGGCUCUGAAAGUUGUCAACUUUUCCACUGUUCAAAAUGAAUCAUGCUUUAUUUUUUUUAAAUACCUUUUUUUAAAUCAUAUUUUUGUUAUCCAUUUUUGAGAGCCUGUUUUAUCUCUAUAUUUUUGUUGGAGAUCAAGAUGUUUUCAUUAGGACAAAUGCACACUGGACUGCAGUGCUUUUCUAUCUGCUGCAGCAUUCAACCUUGUACAUUACUGUAGACUUCAGGAAGAACAUGCUUUUAUAUAUUAACAUCAAAUAAUUUGCAAAAGGCUGACUUCCAGGUUUGGGAUGUCCACCAUGAGAGAUUCUUAUUAAAGUUGAACCAGUGACUGACCCGCAAUUUGUUUGUGUGAAAAUCAAAACCCGAUCCGAUUCAGGUCCAAGGUGUACCAGAUCCAACCCAAAAUAUAUCCGAAAUUAGGGAGAAUCUGAUCCAGUUUCAGCAAAACUCUGAUGUGUGCCGUGUCCCUGUGCAGAGUCUCAGAUGGGGAGCUGGACCUCUUGAAGACCAAGCUAGACUGGCAGGCCUGUGGAUCUCUUGUUCUGGGCUACUCAGAGGUGCUGCCAGAACUGGACCUCGGCACUAUCAAUUCACAGACCACCACCUACAGCCCCUCCGUACAAACCUGCAAAUAGGACAAGUCCUGGGCCUCAGUCACAAAGUGAUCACUGAUGCUCUGGCUGAAACUAGCCUACACCAACUGGUCCUUGUCAACUGUUCCACUAACCUACCGUAUGGUGCGCAUUGGAGUGCUUGCCUGUGGUUGAGAAAGCGUGUGAUGUAGCCUUUUCAACAACGGACUUGUGAACAGAACAUCCUUCCUGACACACAAGACAAGAGUUCUGAGGUCUUGUAAAGAGGGAUGAGAGGACCGCCAAUAGAUUAAACUGAUUCAUUACUUUGAUCAGUCCUACUUUCAACACUUUGUACUGAAAAUGUACUCUGAUUGCCCACUUAAGCUUGCAGUGGAUUUCAGAGUUAAACAUGACACAUGCAGUGUCACUGUUUCGUGUGGAAGGGUCUACGAGAAGGGGUCGAUUUGGAAUUCAGCACUGUCCAUGGGUUGACCGACCUGAACUUUUUUUUUCUUAAAUGUUUUAUUUUUGUUUUUGACAGUACAGCUGGACAUGUAAAGAUUGAAACAUAGUAGGGGCAUAGACAGAGGGUGGCCGAGGUGGGGCCCAAUCCCUGUUGCCAGGGGCCAUAUCUGCUACAGAGUCGGGGAGCUUAGACCACUACACUAGACUCAGUCACGACUGACCUGAACUUUUUACCAGAACAGAAAUACUAUGUUCAUCAGACUCUCCUCACUGUAAAACUCAGAAUGGUUGUGAGGUCACAGGGAAAAGACUGAUCUGAGGGACCACAGACUCACAAAACAUUGUAGCUCACUUGACUGGAAAACACAGCUCUUGGUGGUGCCAAUGUCUGACAUGAAACAAAAAUGAAAACACAACAGAAAAUUGCUCUCUACUUCCUACCACAAUCUUAUAUAUUACAUACUUAGAAUAUGAAUGUGAUUAUUCAUACACUCAUAUUAGGCCUAUUUCUCUUUGGUUGGGGUGUUCAAUGGUUAAGUGGACUAGCUACCACUGUGGCAUUUUGAUGUUAUGGCGUCAGCUCUGGCUGGCUGAGAAGACAAGUAAAAUGGCUAAUAGUUGGCAGGGCAAUUUUUGUUUUUUCCAACUUUGUAUUACCGUAUCAAAUAAUUUAAUGAAGGUAAAAAAAAUUACUUUAUAUCGGAGUUAUGCCUGUUGUUCAAGCGUGUAACUGCUCUCUCAUUCGCUAGAAUGGUCCCACCUGAUCUCGCCUCCUCCCGACUUCCUUCCAUCUUUGAAGACAUGUAUUUUCAUUGUUAGAGUGGCCACUUGAGUAUCUUAUCUAUAUAAUUGUCAUGACUGUCACUCCUUGGUGAGGAUCAAAGGUGCCGGAUCAGCUAGGCCAAUGGCUGACAGAUAGCCAAACUCUCUCUCCUGGGGGAGUUUGCCCGGUUUUAUGAUUUAACGACCGGAUUGUAAAUACCUGGCAGAAACUCCCUUCGGCUCUGCAGUAUUGAAUGUCUGAGUGUUACAGAGAGACUCUUGCUAAAAACUUGAACAUCAAAAGAUUGGACAUUGGAACAUUAGUUUUGAAAUCCAAACGCUUGGAAUGGUUGAUGGGUUUAUUAUUUUGUGAUAUCAUUAAGGAUGGUAUAACUAAGUAACAUUGUAACUUUAAGAGCUUUCACAAUGUAUAGAUCAGAUUUGCAUCUAAAUGUUGUAUAAAAUAAAUGAUUAAGUAUAAUAAUAAUGUUGUGAAGAUAAAAUGUGAUUUUAGCCUUCUAAAUGAGAAUUGUUUUUCAUAGCAAAAGUUUAUAAGUCAGUAACCACGCCCACGUGAGCACAGACUUCGUGUCAGCAUGAUGGAACACCUCUUUUUACCUAAGUAUAAAAGGACUCGUAACGAAAUUUACAUUAGACCAAAACAUACCGGGUUGCUGCCGGUGUGUAAAGUGGUCCUAGCUGUACCCUGAAUAAUCAACCAUUGAGACCAGUCUAUGUGCAGCGUGAGCUAAAUACGUUACCAAUGGUUAAAUCUCUACAGUUGGGUAAUUUAAAGUAGUCUAUGUAGAAUAAUUGACCCAGACGGGAAAGAAGAACAAUUCCCUAUCACCACUGUGUGAUACACCUCUGAUGGAUCCGUUCUAACGAACAACUCCAGAACAAAAGAAGGCUACAACUACUAAGGAAAUUGUGACCUCUGGUGGACCACCAGAGACUUACAUCGAACCACCACAUUGAACUAUCGAGUUCAACAGAGAGACAACAGAGAAAGACUUCUACGCGUAAAUAUGUAUUUCAUUCCUUUUUUGAAUAAGCGGUUGUUAGGGUAUUAAAUAUCCAUAUUUAAAGUGAGUGUAUUUUUCAACUCUAUGUACGAUAAAUCCACUCUCUUUGUCUCUCCCGCUCCUUAUCUUUCCCCACCCCCUUUCCAUUGUGUAACAAGCUGUCAUAUUGGGUUAGUCCACUAGGGACUGUGUUUCAUUACAUUAUGUUUGUAAUAAAUAAUCUACACUGUGUGUGAUUAUUUAGUGAGUUAGAAAAUAAAUAAGCCAAUUUGUGUAUUGCUGAAUCAUCACUUAGGCUAGGGUUCGUGCAGAUUUAUGAGGUCAACGACGUUCAGAAUGAGACUGAGGUAAUAAUACAUGAAUAAGUGACUGUAGGAUAUAUUAUAUUAUAAUUAUAUAUUCUUAUCUAUAGAUUGAGAUUAAUUCAGGAGA